AGAGAGAGACUGCCUUAAAACACCAGUCAAGAAAAACAUGAAUGGAACCGAUAUAUUUCACUACUCUUGAUUUACAGCUGUUUCCCCCCUGUCUUGCGAUUUCCAGUUGACUUGAGAACCUCCUGUGACGCGCGGCUCGUUUGCGCGAUCUGACAUAUUUAUUCAUAAAUAGCCCCCAUUCACAUCUCUCUGACGUUCACCGACCCUCUGACGAAACCUGCUCUUAUAAGAUUCACAGUAAGUUUGGCUCACUCUGAAAUGUGCUGUACUGCUCCUCUCCUGAGGCGACAGUUGGGCUCUUUUCGCACUCUUGGUGGCAGUUGAGCGGCUGAUUCACAAAGGUCUCUUUUCCUUAGGUCUCAAUGCAUUUCGGUUCUUUAGAAAUACAACGACUUUAGCAGAGAGAAGAUGAACAUCCAUGUGGAGGGGUUGGUGGCGAUUGUCAUCUUCUACCUGCUAAUCCUUGUAGUGGGAAUCUGGGCAGCAUGGAAGAACAAGAAUUCCGGCGUGAUGGAGGGAACUGAUCGCAGUGAGAUUAUUAUGGUCGGCGGAAGGGAUAUUGGAUUAUUUGUCGGCGCAUUUACCAUGACUGCAACUUGGGUCGGAGGAGGUUAUAUCAACGGCACUGCAGAGAAUGUUUAUCUUCCCGGGUACGGCUUGGCAUGGGCACAGGCUCCCUUUGGAUACGCACUCAGCCUUGUCUUGGGUGGCCUUUUCUUUGCUAAACCCAUGCGCUCCCGGGGUUACGUCACCAUGCUUGACCCCUUCCAGCAACUGUAUGGAAAAAGGAUGGGCGGUCUGCUAUUCAUCCCUGCUCUAAUGGGGGAAAUGUUCUGGUCAGGCGCCAUCUUAUCUGCCCUUGGGGCCACACUGAGUGUGAUCAUUGACAUCGACAUCAACAUGUCUGUGAUUAUUUCGGCUCUUAUUGCCAUUUUCUACACGCUGGUUGGAGGACUCUACUCAGUGGCCUACACUGAUGUUGUCCAGCUCUUCUGCAUUUUUUUAGGACUGUGGGUGAGCGUCCCUUUUGCACUCUCAAACCCAGCUGUGUCUGACAUCGGAGUGACAGCAGUGAAGCAGCUCCAUGCUAAUCAGACUGCAUGGCUCGGGAAGAUAGACAGCGCUGACAAAUGGAUGUGGGCUGACAACUUCUGCCUCCUGAUGUUGGGGGGGAUUCCCUGGCAGGUGUAUUUUCAAAGGGUUCUUUCUGCCUCUUCAGCUACCUAUGCUCAAGUCCUCUCAUUCCUGGCUGCCUUUGGAUGUAUCAUCAUGGCUAUUCCCUCCGUCCUGAUCGGAGCCAUAGGGGCUUCCACAGAUUGGAACCAAACAACCUACGGGCCAAUUCCUCCCAUGCAGAGGGACCAGUCCGACAUGAUCUUACCGAUCGUGCUACAGCACCUGUGCCCAGCCUAUAUCUCCUUUUUUGGUCUGGGGGCAGUUUCUGCCGCAGUGAUGUCAUCCGCUGACUCAUCCAUCCUAUCGGCCAGUUCCAUGUUCGCAAGGAACAUCUACCAGCUCGCUUUCCGGCAAUCGGCUUCCGACCGUGAGAUUGUGUGGGUCAUGCGGAUCACUAUUUUUGUGUUCGGGGCUCUAGCGACGGCCAUGGCUCUCCUGUCUGGGACUGUCUACGGUUUAUGGUACCUGAGCUCUGACCUGGUCUACGUCAUCAUCUUCCCCCAACUCAUCUGUGUUCUUUUUGUCCGUGGCACAAACACCUAUGGCGCUGUGGCUGGAUACGUCUUUGGAAUGAUCCUGCGCAUUGGCGGAGGGGAACCUUAUCUCAAACUGCCUCCGUUCAUCUACUACCCCGGAUGGACCAUUGAGGAGAAGGUCCAUCAUGUGACCAAUGAGGUGGAAUACCUGGUGUUGCAAAGGUUUCCCUUUAAGACAGUUUCCAUGCUGGCCUCGUUCCUAAGCAACGUGGCCGUCUCACACCUGUUUAAGUACCUGUUUGAGAAUGGCACAUUGUCGGCUAAAUAUGAUAUCUUGGAUGCAGUGGUGGCCAAGCACAGUGCUGAAAUAAUGGACAAGACCACAUUGGUGAACAGGAACAUCAUUGGACUGAAUGAAAUGGCCCCGGUCAAGCCAAGACUUAGUGUUACUUUAGCUGCUACCUUCGCCAGGAAAGAAACCCUGACCGAAGAGGAAGACUCCAGCCCGGAGUCACCAAGUCAUGAGAACGAGUAGAGGCUUUAUGGUCGAUCCUGAGACUCUCUAGUGGCUCCAUAAUGUGAAGGACUGCUUCACACAAUAAGUAAAGAAAUAUCAGAUUUGAAUUACAUAAUUAAUUCACUUCACAUCAUUUUCUGGAAUUGCCAUCACUUCUUUCAGAAGGGAAUUGAAUAGCAACUGAAAAUGGGAAGAGAGAGAAGAAGAAAACAGCAGAGAUUCAUGUGGUGUGAGUAAUUUUAGGAAAAAAACUGACUUGAUGGUUUUACUUACCCUGAGAAGCUCUCCGACUCCUGUUGGUAUGUACAAUCCUGAGUGACUCUCCUUUUCCCUUCUAAAGAAAAUGUUGAGAUACUGUGAUAAUCCUGGGGAUAUAAUAAUAUUAAAAGGAACUGUCCACCCAAAAAUGUUCUGUCAUCAUUUUCUCAAUGUCGCUCUAAGCGUGCAGACUUUAUUUAUCAUGUGGAACACAGAAAAAUGUCUCAGUGGUCAUACAAUUAAAGUCAGUGGGCUGUUUUUG